AUGGCGACACUCACCGUGGUUACUUUGCUGUACCUUUGUCUUACUGGCAUCGGAGUGUAUCUGAUGAAACAGGUAUUCGCCAAGAAGAAUCACGCAUCAUAUCCCCCAGGCCCUCGGGGCCUGCCUCUCGUUGGGAACAUUCAAGACAUACCCCAUGUCAAGCCCUGGCUCACCUUCGCGGAAUGGGGAAAGAAGUAUGGUGAUAUUUCGCAUAUCAAUGUUCUGGGUCAGCACAUCUUCGUGUUGAACUCGGUCAAAACUGCGAUGGAAAUGCUGGACAAGAAGAGCUCUAUAUACUCUGACCGUCCGAUUGUUCCUAUGAGUGGCGAACUUAUGGGCUAUGGACAGACACUGCCUUAUCUCCGUUACGGUGAACGGUUUCGCUUGUUCCGCAAGAAUUUCCACCGCAUCAUUGGCAGUCGCGCUGCCUUGGUUGUCUACCACCCAAUCGAGGAGAUGGAGACCCGCCGGUUCCUGAAGCGUGCACUCGCAAAACCCGACAACCUGCAAACACACAUUCGACGCACCGCUGGCGCUAUCAUUCUGCGCAUCUGUUAUGGUUAUGAAGUCAAGGAGGAUAAUGAACCUUUCUUUGACCUUGCAGAACGUGCUAUAUAUCAAUUCUCGCGGUACGGUAUCUAUGGUGAUUUUAUUGUUACUUCCUGCCGUCCUCCUGACUAUGUUCUAGUGGCCAAGCUCCCGGAGUGGUUCCCUGGUGCUGGCUUCAAACGCCUAGCUCGUGAGUGCCGUGAGACCCUCGAAGAGGCGGCUGCUACACCCUACAAGUUUGUCAAAGAUCAGAUGGGUGCUGGCACCGCCCUCAAGUCUUUUUCCUCAGAUCUGUUAAAGGACCGUACUUUGACUGCGGAAGAGGAACACGCUGUGAAGUGGUGUGCUGUAUCCCUAUCCGGUGGUUCCGACACAAAGAAGGCCCAAGCUGAAAUUGAUGCUGUUGCUGGCCCUGAUCGUCUUCCCUCCUUCGCCGAUCGCCCCUCCCUCCCUUACAUCGAGGCACUUGCUCAAGAGGUCCUCCGCUGGAAUGUUGCUAUACCUAGUAUUGAUCACUGCAUCACUGAGGACGACAUUCACGAUGGGUAUUACAUUCCAAAAGGCUCCUUGAUAAUCCCUAACAUGUGGUUCAUGCUCAAUGAUCCACAGACAUAUGCCAACCCAUCGGAAUUCAAUCCUGAACGCUUUUUGGCCAAGGAUGGAAAAGAGCCUGAGACCGAUCCUCGCACGGUGUGCUUCGGUUUUGGUAGACGGCUCUGCCCAGGUCUGCAUCUCGCUGAUGCAUCCAUCUGGAUAUUCACCGCGAUGUCACUUGCGGUGUUUGACGUCUCCAAGGUUGUCGAGAAUGGUGUUGAAGUGACUCCUGAAGUUGACCCAUCAUCUGGGUUGAUUAGUGCUCUGGACAUACACACUCGCAGUCACCCCAAGGCGUUUAAGUGCUCGAUCGAGGCUCGCUCUGAGGGAGCCCUUAUGCUCAUCCAACAAGAUACUCACUAA